AUGAUUGUUGGGAUCGGUGAUGAACUGAUUGGCUUGGUGGUGGAGAUGGUGGAUGGAAAAGUGGUAGCGGUGAUGCUUGAUUUGAGGUUGGCUAUGAUGAGUAUCUCCUCAAUUCCCACCUCGUUUCGUCCCCGCCGAGCCUCCAAGUGGCUCCACCACCCUUUCACCGCCCACCACACUGCCGAUGGCCAAAUUUCCGCCCGCAGCACCCAGGACGACAAGUGCAUCGAUAUGCAGUAUCUCGAAGCGAUCAAGGAGCUCAAAAGAUUAAGUCUUGAUCACACCCCUCUUCACACCGUGUAUAUCUCUUGCGUCCCCGAAGAAGAAAUCGGUGGAUUUGAUGAGAUGACGAAGUUUGUUGAGACUAGAGAGUUUGAGGAAUUGAAUAAUGGACUUGUGUUGGAUGAAGGCCUAACCUCUGUAAGUGAUGAGUUCAGAGUGUUCUACACUGAUCGCACAUCUUGGCACGUCGUGAUCAGGGCGCGGGGUAUGCCUGGCCACGACUCCAGGAUGUUCGACGGUAGCGCCAUGGAGAAUUUGGUGAAGAGUGUGGAGAUGAUGACGAAAUUUAGGUCAAAAUGUAAUCAAAAUGCUUAA